UAUCUUUCCACACUAGAGCUCUCUAAAUUCCAAAAAACAAUUUUAGUGUAGGUAUAUGAAGGAAAUUCGAAAGGAAAACUGUAAACACGUGUGGGAAGUUAAAACACGAUGGAAAAGGAAAAGAACGAAAUCAAUUAUAAGCGAAGUGAAGAACAGCGAAAAGAUUGGAAGAAAAUACGCGAGGAGAGAAGGGCACAGAAAAGAAAAUGGAAAGAAGAAAAGCUACUGAAGAAGAUGGAAAAAGAAGCAAAGAAACAAAAAGCAGAGGAGCAGAAAAAUGAAGAAAAUUCCACAGAGAAGAAAGGGGGACGACCCUACACUGUGUCUAUAGCUCUACCAGGAUCUAUUCUGGACAAUGCGCAGUCACCAGAGCUAAGGACCUACUUAGCAGGACAGAUUGCCAGAGCAGCUGUGAUCUUCAACAUUGAUGAAAUCAUCAUUUUUGAUGAGAUAUUCUCUAAAGAGUCCUCCAUAGAGGGAGAAUUCCAAGGAGUGGGCAAGAAAGGUCAUGCUAACGUCCAGAUGGCCCGGAUCCUGCAGUAUCUGGAGUGUCCUCAGUACCUCAGGAAAUCCUUCUUCCCGCACCACAAGGAUCUCCAGUAUGCAGGGAUCUUGAACCCUCUAGACAGUCCCCACCACAUGAGGGCCGAGGAUGAAGUGUUGUAUAGAGAGGGGGUGGUCCAGAAUAAACCAGUCAAGGCGGGGAAAGGAUCACUGGUCAACUGUGGGUUAUAUAAGCAAGAUGUACAGAUAGACAAACUUCUACAGCCAGGAAUUCGAGUCACAGUGAGGAUUAACCAGUACGAUUCCUCACGGAGGAUACUGAAGGGCCAGGUGGUCUCCCCCUCCACCCCGAGGGAAGACUCCGGUCUAUACUGGGGUUACUCCGUCAGACUAGCCAAAAGUAUUGGAGCAGUGUUUACAGAGUGUCCGUACAAGGACGGCUACGACUUGACUAUAGGGACCUCUGAGAGAGGGGAGUGUGUGGACGAUGUGAAAAUUGACACAAGUUUUGGUCAUGCUCUGAUUGUGUUUGGGGGAGUACAGGGACUCGAGGCCAGUCUGGAGUCAGACGAAGCCUUGGACAUUGACGAUCCCAGUCUGUUGUUUCAGUACUAUAUGAAUACCUGCCCUAACCAGGGAAGUCGGACUAUUCGUACAGAAGAAGCCAUUCUCAUCAGCCUCGCCUCUAUCAGACCUAAAUUAACAGGGCUGGGGAAAACUUGAUG